GAUGCAUGCAAAUAUUGCAAUCUCCAGAUACAUGCAAAUAUUGAUUGAAAUAUAUAAUAUAAACAUUAUCCUUUAAACUUCAGAAGCUAGCAAGGUGCCACAACGAAUAACAAUCAAACCCUCGGAGGUAACAAGUCUUCAGGGAGAAAUCUGGAAGAUUGAAGACUUUGAAUUGACAGGGUUACAACUUGUAAGAAAUUUUAUAGUUUACAGUAUUUCCUCUGGGUUUGAAGAAUGUUCACCUUUCUUGUCACCUCAUGCGUUACGCUGCUAACGUUUUUGGGAGAGUCUCAAGGUCAUGAUAAGCUUGACUGGCGACAUACAAGCCUAAUUUAUCAAAUUUAUCCUCUAUCAUUCAAGGACUCAGAUGGCAAUGGAUACGGUGAUCUCCGAGGAGUUUAUGAAAAAUUAGAUUACGUCAAAGAUCUUGGCGUUGACGUGAUAUGGAUCCAGCCUUUCUACAAAUCGCCUUUGUUUGACAUGGGAUACGACGUCAUCGAUUAUAAAUCGGUCGAUCCAUUGUUUGGAACAAUGGAUGACUUUCAAGAGCUAGUCAAAGGAAUACAUGACAGAGGGAUGAAAUUGCUCCUAGAUUUUGUGCCGAAUCAUUCAAGUGAUCUGUGUGAGUGGUUUCAAUUAUCUUUGCAAGGAGUCGAGCCUUACAAGGACUACUACAUUUACAAAGAUGCGAAGAAAAUCAACGAUACGCACUCUACGUAUCCGAAUAACUGGCGCAGUCUUUUCAGUGGCUCUGCUUGGACAUGGAGGGAAGAAAGGAAGCAGUAUUCUUAUAACCAGUUCUCUCCUCAACAACCAGAACUAAAUCUUCGUAAUCCAAACCUUUUAAAAGAGUUGGAGGAUGCACUAAAAUUUUGGUUGGACAUGGGAGUGGAUGGAUUUCGCGUAGAUGCGGCCAGGCAUUUUUUCGAGGCAACUCAUUUACAAGAUGAGCCGUCAAUACCUGGUGCCAAUUUUCAGAACGAUUGGAUGAACGUGAAGCACAUUUACACCAUGGAUUUACCGGAAAGCAAUGAGUUGAUAAAAACUUGGAGCGCUUUCUUUUCCGAAUAUGGGAAGAAACAUGGUCAAACCAAAGCAAUGACAGUCGAGGCUUACUGCCCUCCUAGCAUGUUGAAAAAAUACCUAGGCAAUGACACACAUCCUGGAGCAGACGUCCCGUAUUACAUGCUGAUGGUUUACCACAUGCAUUACCAGAUAAACGCAUCAAGACUGAAUGACAUAGUUCACGAAAUGAUCGAUAAUUUUCCCGAUGGUCACUAUAACUGGUUGCUGGACAACCACGAUAAUCCUCGAAUAAGCACGCGAUAUAAUCCUGAAAGUGUGGACUCGUACAACAUUUUCACGCUCCUCUUACCUGGGGUAGCGAGCGUGUAUUUUGGGAGUGAACUCGGAAUGGAGGAUAGUAAAGUGCGGUCGGACCAAGGCCAAGAUCCAAAUAAUGCGGCCUCCAGUGAUCCAAGCCAACCCAGGGACGGCCCUAGGGGUCCUAUGAUUUGGGAUGACACUAGAAAUGCAGGAUUCACAACUGCAAAGAAACCAUGGUUACCGGUAAACCCAAACUACUACCGUAAAAAUGCAAAGACUCAAAGGGAGAACCCGAAUAGCCAUCUGAAUAUAUUCAAGCGGAUCGUCCAACUGAGGAAAACACCAGUGAUUCAACACGGUGACUUUCAAACAUUUGUGCACAAAGACUGGGUAUAUUUGUUUACAAGAUCCUACAACAGUGAGACAAUCGCAGUGGUCAUGAACCUUGGAUCAGAAACUGAGGAUGUAUGCCCAAAAACUUCUGCGGCGAAGUUGCCCGAGACUAUGUUUGUGCAUACAAGCAGCAUUCACUCUGGUCUUAAAAUUGGGAGCAAAGUGAGGACUUUGAGCGCCGACGAGACAGAUUGCAUCCAACUACGGCCAUUCGCGACAGUGGUUCUAAGCACAAGUGACGCUGUUCUGACGUCAUUCUCCGUCUUCACCCUCCUCCUAACCGUGUGCUUGGUCAUUGUGGUCUAAUUGGCUAGCACACUGUUACUCCUGCUGGAAGAGUUUAUGACUGAAAGAUCAUAUUGUAUUAAUAACUGAAACUUACUUUGAAAAUGACAAAUAAACAAAAGAAAAAAAAAACAGUAAAGACCUCAA